UACAGCGCGGUUUUUGUUAACUGUCCAAAUUAGCAACUCUGAGACAAAAAACGCACUCGUAAAUACUACGCAGUUUUUCAAAAACAUAAUCUACGCCGGCUGUGCUGUUGGCAGCACUUUGCUUGUUUGUUUUUCGUGCUUUUCUAAAUCUAAAAAACAGAUAUUUUCACUCGUAGCUACCUAUAGUUUCCUGGCAAUCCAUCCCAGGAUGGAUUUUAUUGUGGGAAUAUUGCAUUCAAUUUCAAAAUAUAGAACAACGACACGUAGUAUUGUUAAGCAAAUUAUACGAAUGAUAACUGGAAAAUGUGAACUGGAAAGAUUGUGUCAGUCAAAUAAAUUUGAUUUUAGAGAGUGUCAAGAGGUUGAGUUCAGUCUGUAUCAUUCGAAACAAGAAGAAAUCAGAAGGAUCCUUGUGGCUGAUAAAAUGAAAGUAAAAAAUGCACUGCAAACAAUAUUACGUUUGAAAAGAAUUGUACCAGAUAAGGACCUAGAAUUUUUAUCUGCUAUGCCAAAAUUUUUAUGCAAGAUAAUUUCAUACAAUGCAUUACUCACGAAGGUUGACCAAGAAAGAAGCCAGAAAUAUGAUGAAGAAAAUGAAUCACAUGAAGAACUUCUUCAUCAACUGUGGUUAUUUUUAAAGGGCGAUGAAAAGUUGCCAGAACGCUACACCUCUAAGUGGACAGAAAUUGGUUUUCAAGGAAAAAAUCCUGCUACAGAUUUUAGAGGAAUGGGAAUAUUAGGUUUGAAAAAUUUAAUUUUUUUGUUGGAAAAAUCACCAGAAACUGGCAUGAAAAUAUUUGGCCAGUCAAAACAUCCAAAAUAUGGUUUUUCUUUUGCUAUUAUGGGAAUAAAUUUUACUGGUACUGCAUUUGAACUGCUGCGCAGUGGAAAACUAAAAGGCUAUAUGUACAAUCUGAAGGACGAUGAGUAUAAAAUCAACCAUUUUCAGAGAUUUUUUGUUGACAUAUUUAGUGAGUUCUCUGAUUAUUGGGUCCUUAGACAACCACCUAAUAUUAUGUCUUUUAAUGAAAUAAAAGAAGAUUAUAUGAAAGAAGUAAACAAAAGACUUGUGAACGGUUCUUGGUAACUGGUUUUAUGUGUUGGUAAGUUCUACAGUGCAGCACAGAACAAAUAUGUAGAAAAGUGAGCUGAUAUUUUAAACGUUUACACUUUACUCUCACAGUUUACAAACAAUGAUAGGAAAGACUGGUUUUAGCCAUUUCAUAGUAUUUUAGUGUGAAAGCUUAUUUUUAGCGCCAGCAACAUGAAUUGUGAAUUUAAAUAAUUUAUAUAUUUUAAAAUGUAUUUUUGAAAAAUAGGCAUUAUUUGAAUAUUGUUGUUAUUUUUUUACUUUCUUUGAGUAUCAUUAAAAUAUAAUGUGUGGUUGUAAUUAAAUUCUCAAAAAUAAUAAUAAAGUCAUUCUAUAUUUAUUUCUAUUUAUUGUUUAAGAAUAUGAAAAUUUGGAAACGCUAUGUUUAACAGACUUGUUGUAGGCUCAAAAUAUGCUCACAGUAUGCUAUAUUACUUAUGUAAAAAGUUAAUGUUGUUUUGGAAGGUUCUUAAAAUAUUUGGCGAAAGAGAAUCCUGCUAAUUUUUCUUUAAAUUGUAGAUUGUCAAAAAAUAAAUUGUUUUUUGUUUUUCACCCUUUUUGUAACGGUAUAAUGUGAUCAGAAUCGUCGAAUUUAGUCUGCGCAUAAAAUUCAAAACGCAAAACCUCCCUUAUAUUGUUUUCUCUAAUCGACACAUAAUAGAAACAGAUCCAGACAAACAGAUUUUAGGUAAACCAUUUCGCCAUUAAGCACGUGACUUUAACUAUCGUGUUAUUAUUUAUUUAAUUUUCCCGAUACUUGACUUCUUCAUUAUAUACAUUGUUUCUUUUUCCUGUUAAAUGCUGACUCGAAUGGUUAGAGUGGAAUCUCGAUAUAACGGUUAUAUAUCACUGGAUCUGCUAAGUAACAUUUCUGCAAAGUGUGUCAUGUCAUCUUUUGUUUGGAAAGGUAAAAUACCUGUGAGGUUACAUGUUAUAGUCUUGAAUAUAUACUGUAUAUAGGAUAAAUAAAAUUCCUCGAAGAAAAUAUAAAAAUGUUUUGAGGACAAUAUAGACAAAAAUUCUUACAAAAA